CCAGUCAAUGUUGUACUACAUAGUUGUAGUAAAUGUUGCCAUUUGCUAAUGACAAAUCAAGGCAAUUUUUUUUAUAGACAAUUUUUCUCGGCCACGACAUUUAAUAUAAUAAUGGCCGUCCAACUAGUUACUUAAUUUUUAUUUCUAAUGUGUACCUAUGUGAAUUUAAGUAUUAAUGAUCUCUAAUGACUGCUCAAGAUUGAAAGUUUAAAACAAAGUUCCACGUAAAUUAGACCCGCUCAAUACUACGACAAUGGCCUUUUGGUAUUUCGACAAAGAUGAGCUGCACCGGACCGCCUCGGCUCAGGAUGGCAUACCACAUGAGAGAGAGUCCCGGUACCGCCAAGAAGGGGCAAGGUUCAUCAUAGACGCUGGUACGAAGAUGGACUUGGGCUACAACACGAUGGCCACUGGUGUCGUUUACUUCCAUCGUUUUUACAUGUACCAUUCGUUCAAAACUUUCCCUAGAUAUCUCACAGCAUGCUGUUGUCUUUUUCUUGCGGGUAAAGUGGAAGAAACGCCUAAGAAAUGUAAGGACAUAAUAAAGUUGGCUAAAGCAAUAUUACCCGAAGAAAAAUACGAAACCCUUGGAUUAGACCCCAAGGAAGAAGUAAUGGUACUCGAACGUAUAUUGUUGCAAACAAUUAAAUUUGAUCUGCAAGUUGAUCAUCCUUAUCAGUUUUUAUUAAAAUAUGCUAAAUGUUUAAAAGGUGAUAAGACUAAACUAACUAAAAUGGUUCAAAUGGCUUGGACAUUUGUAAAUGAUAGCUUAUGUACAACGCUUUGUCUUCAGUGGGAACCAGAGAUUAUUGCAGUUUCAUUAAUAUAUUUAGCAUGUAAACUGAGUAAAUUUGAACUCAACGAUUGGCAGGGUCGUACGCCAAAUCAUUUACGUUGGUGGGAUAUGUUUGUUCAAGGAAUGAAUAUGGAUUUGCUUGAAGAUAUUUGUCAUCAAGUUCUGGAUCUUUAUUCAACUCCAGACAAAAAUGCACCACCAUCACCUCCAUGCCAAGAAAAAUUUAUAGUUCCAAAAAAAGUUAUACCCCCACAGUCCAUUUAUCAGAAAUUAUUGUUGCAAAAAAUGGCUGCUAAAUACAUGCUUACACCUGAACAAGCGAUGCAAGCAGCUAUAACGAAAAAUGUGAAAUUGAUUACAACGCCAAGUACCUUGCCAGUCAAGCAAUUAUUACCCAUGCCACCAGGAAUUAUUAAACCAUCAAUUUCUAAUGUUACACCAAAACCACAAAAUGCUCAAAAACCAUUUUUGCCACCACCUCUCACACCGUCUAAAUUUAUAUUCUCACAAUCACCCUUAAAACGACCACCCCCACUUCCAUCAACAAGACCGCCACUGCCUACUAUGCCACCGCCGCCACCUCCUCCAUCACUUCCACCCCCUCCACCAACACCAAAUCAAAUGUUGAUCCCUCCCGGGGUUACGCAAUUGCCACCACCACCCAUGCAACCGCCACCACCAAUACCUCCAGCGGGCUUCCCUAUGUACCCUUAUCCUCCACUUCAAAAUGCAGGUCAAUCGUUUCCGAACUCUAUAUUUUCUCAGCCUCCGAAUCUGAUAUCUUCAGUGCCUGGGCAAUAUCGCUCACAUGAAACGAUGGCUUCUAUUCAGUUCAUGGGCGAAUCUGUUCCUCCUCCGAGACAGUCUUAUAGUGAAAAUUACAAUCAAAGAGAAAGCAUGACGCAGCAAUCAACGCAGUCGUUCAGUGAUUUUGAAACUCAAGAUGCAUAUGAAGAAAGCAGACAAAAAUACAUUGAGAGUCGUACAUUUAGUCGAGAUAGUGCUUUUGCUGGUGGCAGCUAUGGAAAUGGAUCUCAACAUUUCGUAGAUGGUGGUCCACAUUUUAGCAGUGAAAGUGGUCAGCAUUAUGUUGAUAGUGGAAGUCAACUCUUCCAUUCAGACCCUGCUUAUCUACAGUUUAGAGGAAAUCCGCCAAAUAAACGUGGUUUUAAUACCAGAACCAAUCGACCUCCACCUCCACCACCACAAUACCAAAACAGACAAGUUCGGCAUCAUCCAUAUCAAAGACGAUAGUGUUGCUCUUUUAUAUAUGUAUAUGUACAGUUAAAGGUAAUUUAGCACUUAACAUAGACAAAUAUUUUUAAGAUUUCAGAUGUAUUCUGUAUGCAUGUGCUCUGAUUAUUUGAAUUUAGGUAUAUUAUACCUAAUAAUAUACCCGUCAACUUUUCUAUCACUAUUAUAGGAUACUUCUAUUUUAGUUAAUGACUGAAAUGUAAGCGACUUAAUUCUACAAUUAUGAAAUAUGUAAAUAGGUUAAAUUUACAUACAUUUUUAAUACAGUUACAACUGGUGUUUUUAAAUUGUUUAUAUUCUUAUAUAAUUUUAGAUUCUGAGCGGAGCGAGGAAGCUAGUUGUUCUACAAUGGUGUAUUUUUUUUUAUUUUUUUUUAUAUAUCAAAAAAACUACUGUCAUAUUAUGAAAAACCACUUAAAAUGGGAUUUUAAUUUCUAACGGUUUGUUUAUCACCGUAGCAACGAAUAAAAAAUUAUAAUAUUAUAAUAAUUUAUUAAUUCUACUUAAAGGCUAUAAUAAAUAAUAAAAAUUUAAAAAAUCCAGACUGAUAAACCGUCUCCGCUCAGAAUCGUUUUUCUUAUACAAUGAUAUUAUAUCAUUGAAUUCAAGUUUAAUACAAUCCAUUAUACAUUAUCCCACUUGUAACCUACUGUACUGCUGAGCGACAUCCACUUACCCGCUUUUUAUAUACGAGUGUCAAAUGGUUACUUACGGUUAAUUAAUGAAAUUUCUUUAAUCGUGCUUAUGGGUGAAAUCUUCCUGUAUUAAUGUAAUCACUAGUCUGAAAGUUAGGUACUUGGGUUUAUUAACCAACGAUGUAAAUUAUUUUACACAAGUAAUAACUGUGUUGAUGGUGGCAGAGUAUGGAUGUGCUGUAAUAAAUCAUAUUAAAAAUAUAUUGUAUUGAUAUUGUUUGGUA